CUAGCUCAGUCGUCUGUAUCGCUCGCUCUCGCUCUUGCUCUCGCUCUCGCUCUCGCCCUCUCUCUUGCUUGCUCGUUCUCACUCUCACUUUUCUGUCUGUGUCACUCGAUCUCAGUCCCUCUCUCGCUCAAUCUCACUCACUCUCUGUCUGUGUCUCUCCGUCUCACUCAAGAACUAGAGCUUGGUAGUGAGAUGGCAGUGGAGACAGUGGUUGGAUUAUCUAAGCCAGCUGAAACUUGCUAUGAGACAGAUCAAAGCACUGAGCAGCCUACCAAACUGAAAAAAUCUAAGACUAAACUGGAUUCUUCAAAAAAUACUGAUUCAGCUGCAGUGAAGAUGGUGAAAAAAAAGAAAACGAAGUUUGAAGAAUAUCUACAAAUGAAAACCCAACAUGAUCGUGUAUCUGCCGAGGCAGAUUUGUAUUUGGAAAAAAAACUUGCUAAGAAACUCAAGGUUAAAAAGGGGAAUUUACGGGGUGGUGAUGAUGACAUCAAUUUGUUAAUUGAAGGAAUUCCAUCUGUUCUUGAUUCCUUUGAGACUGAAGACAGUCUAGAUGAGAUGCCACUCGAAAAAGUUCUUGCGAAGGCACCUCAGUUGGAUAGAAAUACAAAAUAUGUAGCCCCACACCUGAGAUCUCGUGUGGCAAAGGAAUCAGAAGAGUUCUCUCAAAUUCGUAGAAGGUUACGAGGACUUCUGAAUAGGAUGUCUGAAUCGAAUGUAGAAUCAGUUACCAGAGAAAUCUCCACUAUCUUUCGUUCUGUUGCUCGCGAUGCUGGUUCUAAGCUUAUUAUUGAAGAAGUUUUGGCAUCGUGUUCUGGAGGUCCUCGUGGAAAUGAACAGUAUGCUGCUGUUUUCGCCGCUUUUGUUGCAGGCAUGGCUUCUUUGGUUGGGAUUGACUUCGGUGCAAAGCUUUUGGCUUCCCUAGCUAAAUGUUUUGAGGAUGAGUACCUAGAAGAAGACAAUCUUUCUCUGCGAAAUGUGACACUUCUACUGUCUUAUUUAUACAUUUCUGGAGUUUGCUCAAGUGAUUUGAUAUAUGACUUCAUGAUUAUGCUGAGCAAGAGGUUGAUGGAGAUAGAUGCUUCUACUAUCUUGACAAUUCUACAGUGCUGUGGGAUGAAUCUAAGACGUGAUGACCCUGCUGCCAUGAAAGAUUUUGUUCUGAGUGUGCAGAAUAGGGCAAAUGAGUUGAAGGCCUCUUCUGGAAACGGCCAAGCAAAUACAAGUAGCAAAAGGAUGGAGUUCAUGCUUGAAACCAUAUUUGAUAUCAAGAACAACAAAAGGAGGGCAAAAGAGGAUACUCCGCGGCAUACACGGAUAAAAAAAUGGCUACAGAAGCUGAGGGUAGAAGGUAUUUUAAUUCGAGGGCUCAAAUGGAGCAGGCUCGUUGAUCCUGACAAGAAAGGCCAGUGGUGGUUGUCUGGGGAUAUGGCAUCCACAACUAGCAAUUUUGAAGAGGUUGCGAGCACAAUGGACAUGGAGUCCCUCGAAGCCCAGAAACUGCUACAGCUUGCUGCUGUACAGAGAAUGAACACAGACGUUAGAAGAGCAAUCUUUUGUGUAAUAAUGAGUGGGGAGGACUAUGUUGAUGCUUUUGAGAAACUUCUAAGGUUGGAUUUGCAAGGGAAGCAGGAUAGGGAGAUCAUGCGAGUGCUCGUGGAGUGUUGUUUACAGGAGCAAAUCUUUAACAAGUACUACUCCGUUCUUGCUAUCAAGUUAUGUAGCCAUGAUAAAAACCACAAGAUCACUUUACAGUAUUGCCUAUGGGACCACUUCAAGGGACUGGAGUCGAUGCAGUUGAUGAGAUCAAUGCAUCUAUCAAAAUUUGUUGCAGAAAUGGUUACCUCUUUCACCCUCUCUCUAGCAGUCUUGAAGGCCGUUGAUUUCAGUGAUACAACGCAGCUGACUCCAAAAAGAAUACAGCAUUUUCAGAUGCUAUUCGAGGCCAUCUUUGAGCAUCCUGAUAGCCUUGUUUGGAAUGUAUUCACUCGUAUAGCAGCUAGUCCCGAGUAUGAAUCCCUUCGAAAUGGUGUAGAGUUCUUCAUCAACAAGUAUGUUGUCGGUAAUGAAAAUUCCCUUGCCAGAAAAUUCAAGAUUGCAAAGAAAGCAUUUACUAAUAUUGAAGGAGUCCUCAUGUGAGUGUUAUACAUAAUUGUAUUCUGAUUAUUGCGGUACUUGGCUGGAGACAACAAAUUUUGUAGUUCAAAUUAGGGUUUAAUUUUUUUUUAGGUAAUCAAUUUUGGGUUGUGCUUGACCUAUGGAGGUAAUUGAAUGAAUUUGUUUUUUGUGAUAGUUUGUCAACAAUUUGAUUUGUUUUGGAUUGUUGAGAGGCUUUUUAGCCUUUCGCAAAACACUAAACACUAGUGAUAGGGUGACCACUUUUGCGUAUUAUAUUUGGGUAUAAUCGGACAUUACAUUGUACAUAGAUAAAUUGAUGAAGGAGAAAAGUUAAUUAUUUGUUAAUUUAA